GAGUUGUCCUGAUCCCUCUACGGUCUUUAUUACCUCUGUGAAUCUACUUGCUUUUUUUUUUUUUUUUUUUUUUUUUUUUACGAGCCACGUGAAGUGUGUUGUUGAGCGCGCGAUCUCCAGGUGCGUGUGGACGAGCUCUUCUCGGUGAACUUUUUUUUAUUUUCUUGCACAGCCGUACCUGAGUUGUGCUUCGUCUCUGCACGCCUCCACUGCUCUCCACCAUGGAUUUGGUUUGGAUUGUGGGCUUCGUUGUGAGCGUCUGCGCCUGGUUUGCUUCAGCGGAGCGACACAGCGUCUACUGGAACAGCACCAACCCAAAGUUUCUAUGGGACGACUACACCGUGGAGGUGAAGCUCAAUGACUACCUGGACAUUGUCUGCCCCCAUUACCCUCAGGGUGAGGUGCCGCUGCUGGACGCUGAGCGAUACGUGCUGUACAUGGUGGAGCGUGAGGACUACGAAUCCUGCAAGCCCCAGUCGUACGACCAGAUGCGGUGGGAGUGCGGCCAUCCGUUUGCUCCUCACGCCCCUGAGAAGUUCUCAGAAAAGUUUCAGCGUUUUACUCCGUUUACUCUUGGAAAGGAGUUCCGCCAAGGGGAAAGCUACUAUUAUAUCUCCAAACCUUUGCACCACCACGGACAGGAGUGCCUCAGGCUCAGGGUGGACGUCGUAGCUGUUGAUGGCUCUCAAGAGGCCAGAGUGGCUAAAGGAGGCACAGGUGGGGCUGGAGUUGGAACUGGGGGUGGGGUUCACAACCCGUCCAACAGACUGCCUGCAGCAGAUGACCCGGUGGUAAUCCUGCCAAACGUCCAGAAGAGCGUACGGUCGAGCUCUGCGGUGACGGCGACGUCCCUCUCAAUCCUCUCAUUGCUAGUCCCAUUUUCAUUACUGCUAUUGUUGCACUGAGAGUACAUGAAAGGACUGCUGUUGGCAGACAUCUUUUCUUUCAGGGACUACAAUGAAGACAGUCCGUG